AACAACUCCUCGCUCUUCCUUUAGCAACAAGGCAAUAUUAAGAAAUCGCUGGGCCCUUGAGAUAUAACUUAGCUGUUUAAGUUGAUAGCGUUGGGGAUUACACUCAUUUUUUUUUUUUUUUUUCAAUCAUCCAAUGAAAACCUCUCUACCUUCACUGAAAGGGAGUCUGGUCCCAAUCACUUUCCUUCGAUUUCCUUUUGAAGCCACCAAACUUUCAAACAAGAUCUUGAGCUGAUGAUGUAUUUGAUCUCUAGUUCCUAUUAUGACUUGUUUGCUAUCAAAUCAACAUUGCUAUUGCGUUAACAAUGUUCAUCCAUAUCUGAGACUGAAUGUGCUUAUAAACGCUCCUCGCGUGGGGUAUAUAGACUGCCAUUGAGUGAAUGAUGCCGUGGAGUGAAUGAUGGAUGCCGUGGCUGAUCAACCCUGUCCUAGAUGCCUUCAUCAUUCACUCCUUGGGCGUCAUGACGGUGCGGUGCUGUUGUUGUGUUAUCGCAUCAUACACAUUCCUCUACCUCCAUCAAAGCCACGGUUCAUUGAAUUUUUAAACCACUCUCAUCCUUCUCCUCUCAGGUCCCAAAGUGUCCAUUAUAUCCCGCCGCUCUAUUGCCUAACCUCAUCUUCUUGCCAUCAUGGAGGUGCCACAGCUUCAAUCCCCAUCCCAAUCAGACCGGAACAAUGAUGAGGAAUAUUAUCCAUCUUUCCUAGACUUCGGAAAUAUUAAACCCCUAAGGCAUAGGUGGACGGAUCCUCAGCGAGAGGUGUUGUGUGUUCUUCGACGGUUUUAUUCUCUUGCAAAGAAAGAUGAAACUAAAAUCUUCAACCACAUCUUUGAUACAGAGAUCGUGGGUUUCAAAGAUGGCCUCCCUGUCACCACUGUCAAUACACAGCAUUAUGACAUGCUGUAUAGGAGACAUCUCAUUUGGGUCUCUGUGAACUCAGCGUCCCUUGCUGAUGAUGAAGAGUAUGAGGAAUGCCGGAGAGUUAUUGAAAUUGCCGCUACAGAGCUUGGUAUUCAUUUACACCGAAGGAAUCGUGAUGACAGCCCAGUUAAGCCAAAAGGCCCAGGCUUCCAACUUUUACAGUCUUUCUUUCGUCCUAGCACAGAUGGUAGCCUCCAAUCUAACCCAACACCUGACGCCGACACCUACGCUACCCACGAAGUAGUUGAACCUGCCAUUGAACCUGCCAUUGAACCUGCAUGCGCCCGGGGAGCGGAAUUCCCUAGGGCAGGGAUGAAGCCAAGAUAUGACAGAACCCGAACAAGGCCACAAAUCUUGUAUCGCUUCUUCAACUCGCAAAGCAGCGGCAUCAAUGAUCCCCAGUAUUUUUCUUCGGGGCUUGCUGAUACCUUGCACCCCUCGCUCUACCAUCAGCGUGACAUUGAAGCGAUGGCCAAAACCCAUUUGUCAAGAUACGAAGUCAACUCUCCAUUUAUUUCAACAUUCUCCACCCUGCUGCCUUGCGUUCACAGAAUGUUGACAAAGGGUCAGAAUUCAAGAGUGUCAAUAAUUGAUGCUUCCAAGCUGGACCAAAAUGGGAUAUUUUCCGCGCAAUAUAUCCUCAGCAAAGAACCCCUGUCUUCUGAUAUUACCCCAGGAUAUUAUGGAUGGUCAGAAUGGCUUAUUUGGAGAGAGAUCCCGGAAUCAAGUAUUGUCUGUACAAUAACUCAGUCAGAACUCCUUGAGAUUGCAGAACUUCACCAUGAUAUUGGCUCUAUUCUCCAGAUUAAAGACAUAGCGUCUUUUACUUACAACCGUAACCCUCUUCAUUGCAAACUCAGGGAUAGUCCUACAAAGUUUAAUAAUGCUGCUGGAGUGACUGUAGGUAAAUUUCUCAGGAUCAUCAACUUACCCGUGGAAUAUGCCAACCAGGUUGCCGUGAAAAUUGCACAUGGCUGGCGUUUCACCCGUGAAACUAGAUAUGCUCAAGAUGAUGAGUUUCUUGAUGGGGUCCAGCUUGGAUACAGCAAUUCGACAUCGGCAUCCGCAAUACCCUUCACAACACCACCAAUAACGCCCCAGAAAUCCGAAAGGAAGCAAGAAAUUAUUGUAAUCGAUGACGACACUGAUGCAGAAGUUAACGAUCAGCACGUGCAGGAAGUCGUGGUUAUCGAAGAUGAUGAGGAUGUGGAGGUGGAGGACGUGGAUGCCAUGGAAUUAGACGAAUUGGUAGUAAUAGAGGAUGAGGAAGAAAGCCACCACCAUGAGCACCAAAUCAAUCAAGCAGAAGAGGCAUUGGACAGGUUUCGGGAAGAGCUUCGCCGCACCAUCGAAUCAGAGUCCGAGGUGGCAGAAGAAGUCACACAGAGAGCAGAGACGACAUAUAGGUGGCAGUCAGUGGAAGUUGAGCUGGGAGGAAAUGAGGCUGUGGCAAAUGUAUUUGCACUGGACCGGGAGCGAGUUAAUCGGAUGAUGGGGUGGUAGCGGACACAUCGGCCAGGGUUUGAAAGCUUCUCAAAUUGGUCAAGCGGAAUCAUUUGGUUAUCCCCGGGUUAUUGUUUAUGUGCUUUUUGUUAUAUCCCGGGUUGCUGUAAAUUUAAGGGUCUCUGUGUGAGAAUAAUUGUUGUGUUUAGUAACUUUGUAGUUUAUCUGUUCGGGAACUUGAUGAAGAGGAGGUACCGGGGAAGGGAAUUUCUUCGCGUCCCAGCCUGCAAAGCGCGAUAGGCUCGCAACUCCUGCUUAAUGACUUUAAUAUGCAUCAAAGUGUCCAGGGUUUGUUCUCCAAGGUUGUGUGUGCUACGCCAGAAAGAGAACAGCGCGCAGAAGUGAAAUUUGAAAAAGGUUCACAUGGCAUUUGACAACUAAACUCCUUACUUAGUAUUGGAAUAUAAUUCCCCCUCUAUAUGGGAGAAAUCAAAACAAAACAAAAAAAAAGAGAA